AUGCAGCCAUGGCUCUGGCUGGUCUUCAGUGUGAAACUGGCAGCUCUCUGGAGCAGCUCUGCCCUCGUUCAGACCCCUGACUCCAAAACACUUCUAACCAGUCAAGCGUUAGAAAUAUCCUGCGAAGCUAAUACCCUCUCUAAGACCUCACUCAUCUACUGGUUGAGACAGCGCCGGGGAUCCAAGGACAAGCGCUUUGAGUUCCUGGUCUCCUGGAACCCUUCCAAAGGAGUUGCUGUGUACGGUGAAGGGGUGAAGAAGGAGCACAUGAUUGUGUUUUCACAUCUAAGCCGGUCCAACCUCAACCUCACAAGACUGAAGCUGGAGGACAGUGGCACCUACUUCUGCAUGAUGAUCGGGAGCCCCCAGCUGAUCUUUGGGAAAGGGACAGAGCUGAGAGUGGUUGAUGUCCUUCCUACAACUGCCCAGCCCACCAAGACGACUGCCCUCAAGAGGAAACCGUGCUCAGUCACCAGAUUAAAGGCCCAGACCGGCAUGACGUGUGGCCUCGUUACCCUCAGCCUGCUGGUGGCCUCCAUCCUGGUUCUGCUGGUGUCCCUGAGUGUGGCUGUCCACUUUCACUGCCUUCGCAGGAAAGCCCGAAUUCGCUUCAUGAAACAGUAA